AUGGAUGAUGUAUACAAUGCUUUGGCUGAACGGCUGGUUCGAACUGCAGCAGCAGCAUCAAAUUUCCAUUUCAAGCAUAUCGUGGGUUUGGCUGGUACUCCUGGUUCAGGAAAGAGCACUCUUGCAUUUGAGGUAGCUCGGCGUGUCAACACAUUAUGGCCCCAAAAAUCUUUUUUGCUUGAUUCUUCUGUUGAGCCUCCUGAUGUGGCUUUAGUUCUUCCCAUGGACGGAUUCCAUCUAUAUCGUCAUCAACUGGAUGCAAUGGAGGAUCCCGAGGAAGCAUAUGCAAGAAGGGGAGCUCCAUGGACAUUUGACCCUGAACUACUUCUGAGAUGUCUCAGGACUCUGAGGAAUGAGGGAUCAGUUUAUGCUCCAUCAUUUGACCAUGGUGUUGGUGAUCCUGUUGAAGAUGAUAUUUUUGUGAACUUUCAGCACAAAGUAGUGAUAGUUGAAGGUAAUUAUUUGCUUUUGGAAGAAGGGAGUUGGAAGGAGAUAUCUUACUUGUUUGACGACAAGUGGUUCAUUGAGGUUGAUAUUGACAAAGCAAUGCAACGGGUUUUGAAGAGACACAUAUCAACUGGAAAGCCCCCAGAUAUUGCUAAAUGGAGGAUAGAGUACAAUGACCGACCAAAUGCGGAGCUUAUAAACAAGUCCAAGACAAACGCAGAUUUGGUAAUCAAGUCCAUCGACUUCUCAAGUUGA